UCCCGAUUGUCACGUGAGCGGUGUUGCCACGUUGUUCAGCAUGGCUAGUACUAGAGUCGGCUGUGAAGUUGCCAGCACCGAUAAAACGGCUUCUUUUAUCCUAGUGAUUUUAUCGAGGAUGUUGUGUCAGUCCCAGUAAACUGCUUAUAUUAUUUAUAUGGCAUGAAACAAAACAUAGGCAAUAUAAUAAACGAAAUAUUCUAUAAUAUUCAGUUUAAUAAAACAUGUCAUCAGAAGAAUUUGAAGAAAUUAAAGAAGAUAUACGAAGAGAGUGAAUUAUCUGUUUUUUUGGAUUGUUUCAUGUCCUGUUUAAAAGUUCCACUUAGUAUCAGUCAACAUCAUUCGCGAGUUAAUAACACUCUCGAAUUUGCUGCUAAAUUUGCUGUUAGUUUAUAUUCAGUCACUGAUAAUGACGAGGAAUCUGAAGAAUCUUUAUGCCCUUUUCUGAGUAAUCUGCUUAAUUUUAUUUUGAUACAUCAUUGUGCAAAGAAUCCAGGAGUGAGAUAUCGUAUUUGUCACUUCUUGAAUAUACUUCUAAAUGCAAUGGGUGAUCAAGCAUCCAUAGAUGAUGAAAUUUGUGAAAACAUAACAGUAUCCAUGAUGAGUCGUUUAUUAGAUAAGUCGCAUAAAGUUAGAGCUCAAGCAAUUUUUGCAUUGCAUAGACUUCAGGACCCAUCAAAUGACGAAUGCCCAGUUAUAAAAAUGUACAUAUUUCAUGCCACUAAAGACCCAAAAGCAGAGGUCCGAAAAGCAGCACUGAUGAGUAUGGGAAAAAAUCAGAAAACUUUACAGGUUGCAUUAAGAAGAACAAGAGAUACAGAUGAAACAGUCCGUAAAGUGGCAUAUGUAUUUAUUAGUAAAGUCACUGUGAGAUCUUUAACCAUCACACAGAGAGAUCAGUUGUUAAAUGAUGGUCUCAAAGAUAGAUCUGAAAUGGUCAGAAAAACUGUACAAAAUGUUCUAUUGCCUUCUUGGUUGAGACAUUUUAAUGGGAACUUUAUUGAUUUAGUAAGAGCUCUUGAUGCUGAGAUUGGUACAGAUGUAUCAAUUCUAGCUUUAGAAUCUUUAUUUAAGAACACUCCAAUAAAUCAACUGAUAGAACAGUUGCCUAUAGAUAAUCAGACAAAAUUAAUUCCAAUAAAUAAGUUACUUAGUGAAAAUGUAUUGUAUUGGAGGUGUUUAGUAAAAUAUUUUCACUGUGAAUGUCUAACAGAAGAGAUGGAAAACAUUUUACCCGAAUUAUCUGUAUUCUGCACUUAUAUCUCGGAUUUUCUAACAAAAGUAUCUGAAAACCAAAAUAAAACAUGGGAGAAUCAUAUGAUGAAAUUUAUUCUUUUACAAUUAUUUGAAAUAGCAACAACUUAUGAUCUCUCUGAUGAAGUUGGAAGGAACAAAUUAAAUCAAUUAAUAUGUAAUACUUUAAUGAGCAACCACUGUACUGAAAGUAUUAUUGAAUGUAUAGUGACACACUUACAGAAAGUUAUACCAGAUGUAAAUAGUAGAUUGGACACUUUAGCUAAUGUAAUUAGUGAAAUUAGACUACCUUUGAAAGAAACGCAAACGAUACAAAUCUCUGAACAACAGCAACAACAAAUUCCUGUACAAAGAGCAAAGCUGAAGAUGAAGGUUUUAGCACUGCAAGAAGAAGAGUAUCAAGCUAUACAAAAGAAGGAAUAUUUAAAAGCAGACGCUUUAAAAAAUCAAAUAAAUGAGGUUAAUAAAGAAAUACAAAGCCUCACAGAGCAACCUCAGAUAACUGUUAUGGAAGAGAUCAAAGAGAAGAGUGAUCCAGAAACGAUGCGGAAAUGUUUGAGUAUAAUAUGUACAAUGAUGCAGUCUGUAGUUUCACUAACUCCUACUCUGAGAAGCUUAAUGCAAAUAGCGCUUGAUAGUUUAGAACAUCCAGAUGAUACUGUGCAUAUUUUGGCAAUACGGGCAGUCAGUAUUUGUUGCAUAUUAGAUCAAGAAUUAGCUAAGAAACACCUUAUGAUGCUAGUUCUGCAAUUUUCUCUAGAGCAAGAGAAUGCAGAUAUUUGGAUAAUAGCUUUAAAAGGAAUCUUUGAUCUUUUAUUACUAUAUGGUCUCGAACAUUUUGAUAUUUUAGAAUAUAAUGAAGAGAGUUCAACCAGUAGAACUGAGAAAUCUCAUACUACAAAGUUAUACACCGAUAACGACACGGAAAUUUCUUUAUCAUCGACACAUAAAUCCGAGGUCGGAAAUAGUCGUAAUUUUAUUAAAAUUUUAGCAGGAUUAUUAGACCAUCCACACCAAGGAUUGAGAACAAUUGCUGCCGAAGGUCUCUGUAAACUACUGCUCAACCAACGAAUCAGUAGUUCAAACGUAUUAUCAAAAUUAAUAAUUUUGUGUUUUAAUCCUGUCAAUGAUAACGAUUUUUAUCUACGGCAAUGCUUAAGCGUAUUUUUUGAUAAUUUUGUAACACGUGUACCUGAUUCCCAUGAAUUGUUAGAACAGACAUACUUGCCUACGCUACAAAUUUUAUGUAAGGCACCAGAGAUAAGUCCUUUGAAAGAAAUUGACCCCUAUGAUGUAUCCAGGUUCAUACUGAAUUUAACCAGAUUUGGAAAUCCGAAAUCUGGUGUAGAACAUUAUCGUUCGCACAAUAAUUUCGCUUUUAUGAUCUUAGCAGAGAUAUUGAAUCGAAACAGUAAAAUUGAAGUGACGGUACUCAUUAGAUCCUUAAAGGAUUUGCGUAUUGAGAUUGAUGACAAUACGUCAAAAGAAAAUAUACGGGAAGCUAUUAACAAAAUUACAGAAAUGAUAAAUGAAUCCGAUAAACGACUGAUGAAAAACAUUGAGGUAUUUAAGAAGAAAUUAGAAGCUCCGAAUUCCGUUCCUGUACAAGAGGACGAGGAUAUCGAAGCUACAGAUUAAAAAUUAUUCUGUAAUUGAAACUUAUUUUCCUUUAUACUUUUUUAAUAAAGUAUCUAAUACUCGCAAAA